AUGAAAGGGCAUAAAGAUGUCUUAUCCUUGUUUCUUUCAAAGGGCAGUAAUGUGGAUGCAAAGAAUGAUUUUGUCUCACCGCUACGAUAUGCUGCCACUUUUGGCUAUCACGAUACAGUUAAAAUUCUUCUGGAUCAUGGUGCCAAUCCAAAUUUUGUCUUCCAUGAUAUAUUUACUCCACUUCAUGCAUCUAUUUAUUCCCAUUCUUGGAAAUGUGUGGAGCUAUUACUGAAGGCAGGUGCUGAUCCAAAUGGUGGACCAGAUGGAUUUAAAACUCUUCCAUUUGCUGCGGGGAAAGUGCAAAUCAUCAAGCUGCUCGCUGAAGCUGGUGCAGAUCCAAAUGUUACAGAUAUACAAGAAUUGGAAGUAGAGGUCAGAGAAAGCCAUCAUAGCUGUCAACCAGUUCUUCCACCUCCCUCUGAGCCUCCAUGUCCGGAACCCAUAAAUAACUCAGCUUCAGUAUCAGCUUCACAACCUGAUUUACAACUAGACAAUGGCAGCCAUGCCGAAUUUCCAACUCAUCCAGCAACAACUAAAGUGAAUUCCACGCCACCUUCUUACAAUGAUGCUUUGCAAGAUGCAAUGCUUCAGCAACCUGUGGUUGUAAACAGACGUGUAUGUGGAAGUGUUGCACGUUUGUCAGAUUUCAGAAGCUUGGGUGUUGUUCCAGACCGCAAGAUUCAUCCCUCGCAAAUUGUUCCUUCCAGUCCUUCUCAGACUUCUCAGACCCACAUUAGUUUGGGACCUCGUCGAGAGGGCGGUAAAAAUUUGAAUGCUUCCCGCCGAAGGGGCUCGGGGAGUAAAGCCAAAGGGAUCCGCAUCAAUGACGCACCACCUCAAGUGGAGCAACCAACACAAGAAGAAUAUGAUUCUGAUACACCUACUAAAGAAGAAGGUGGUGAUAGACAAGUUGCUGAAGAACAAAGUGAUGAGGAAGAAAGUGGUGGCAAGGAGGUCAAUGAAGAAGAAAUUGGUGGUAAAAAAGUUAACGAAUAA